UCAGCAUGGAGGAGUUGGGACCGGAACCAAGCACUGGUUCUUUUUGUAUGUUCUGCAGCCUCCAGCUAACUCCCUACAGCCGUUCUUCCAGCUCUCUGACCUGGGCGGGUUCUGAGCAUCUGAGCUGCCUACCCUGCCCUCCCCCUCGCCGGCUGCACUCAACUUCCUGUCCCACCAGAGGAAGUGGGGUGCGACAGCAGGUGCAGCGACAGCUCAGGGAGCCAUGGACAAGGAGUAUGUAGGUUUCGCCGCCCUCCCCAACCAGCUGCAUCGCAAGUCGGUCAAGAAGGGGUUUGACUUCACACUCAUGGUGGCAGGGGAAUCAGGCCUGGGGAAAUCCACCCUCAUCAACAGCCUGUUCCUCACCAACCUCUACGAGGAGCGGCAGGUGCCAGAAGUCAGCGCUCGCUUGACCCAAACGCUGACCAUCGAGCGCCGGGGCGUGGAGAUCGAGGAGGGUGGUGUUAAAGUGAAACUGACCCUGGUGGACACGCCUGGCUUUGGGGAUGCAGUGGACUGCUCUGACUGCUGGCUGCCCGUGGUGCGCUACAUCGAGGAGCAGUUUGAACAGUAUCUCCGGGACGAGAGUGGCCUGAACCGGAAGAACAUCCAGGAUUCCCGGGUCCACUGCUGCCUCUACUUCAUCUCGCCCUUCGGCCGGGGGCUCCGGCCCCUGGACGUGGCCUUCCUGCGGGCGGUGCACGAGAAAGUCAACAUCAUCCCUGUCAUCGGCAAGGCGGACGCCCUGAUGCCUGAGGAGACCCAGGCCCUCAAGCAGAAGAUCCGGGACCAGCUGAAGCAGGAGGAGAUCAGCAUCUACCAGUUCCCGGAGUGCGACUCCGAUGAGGACGAAGACUUCAAGAGGCAGGAUGCAGAAAUGAAGAACAGCAUCCCUUUCGCGGUCGUGGGUUCCUGCGAGGUGGUGAGGGAUGGGGGGACCCGACCAGUGAGGGGACGCCGCUACUCCUGGGGUACCGUGGAAGUGGAGAACCCACACCACUGCGAUUUCCUGAACCUGAGACGCAUGCUGGUGCAGACGCACCUGCAGGACCUGAAGGAGGUGACGCACGAUCUGCUUUACGAGGGCUACCGGGCCCGCUGUCUACAGAGCCUGGCCCGGCCCGGGGCUCGAGCCAGCCGCAGUAAGCUUUCCCGCCAGAGCGCCACGGAAAUCCCUCUGCCCAUGCUGCCCCUGGCCGAGACGGAGAAGUUGAUCCGCGAGAAGGACGAGGAGCUGCGCCGCAUGCAGGAGAUGUUGGAGAAGAUGCAGGCCCAGAUGCAGCAGAGCCAGGCUCAGGGCGAUCAGUCGGACGCUCUCUGAGGACCCCCGCCCCGGCCCUGACUUACCUCGGCUCCGCCUUCGGU